AAGGAAAGGCUAAAAAACGAACAGAAAUAAUCACCAUGAGUUCGAAACAAGAAACUCAAAGGAGAGCGAUGGUUGCUAAGAUACCGAGGGAAGAUCUGGAGGACCAACAUCUUCGCAUCCAGGAUGAAAAUGAGAUUUUGAAGACUCAUGCAAGAAAGCAAGAAGAAAAGAUCAAAAAAAUGGCAACUAAGUUGAUAAGACUUGUCAAUGAUCGGAAAAAACAAGUUCAAAAAGCAAGUCAAGGGCAACGCUCAGUGAAAGAUGUGGAACUUGAAGAAACGAUUGAAAACCAACAAGACGCUAUCAGGAAACUUAACAAAGAUAAUGAAAUGCUCAAGCAAAAACUUAUGGUGGCAUCCCAGCAAAUACAGUCACAAGGGAAAAGGCACACACCAUAUAAUCACGUGAAUUCCCGUGUUAACACAGGGGUAUCUCGUAAACCAAAUGGAACUCCAGACAAACGUGCACGUAGUGCUGCGAGCACUCGAAGUACAUCUCCACACCAGGCAAGAUAUGGACACAGUUUACUGGAAGAGGCAAGAGGAGUUAACCAACAGUUGGAGCAUCAGAUCCUCGCUCUCCAGGAACAAGUUGUGAUUAUGGAGAGAGAAAACCAACAUCUUAAACAGGAGAUCACCUCACUGAACACCUCACAUGAAGAAGACAUCCUUAAACUUCGUGAGAUGAUGAACAGUACACAGAAAAAGACGCUCGGUGAAAAUGUGGAGUUGAUUAAAGUCCAUCGUGCUAUGAAGGACAAAUCAAAUGAUUUAACUUCACUGGAAGCAAGGUAUCAUGAGUUGCAGCAAAAUUGUCACCAAAUGCGACAAAGUUAUGAGAAAGUUCUCCAGGAAAUGGAACGACUUAAAAGCCAACUUUUGGAAGAACAAAAUAGCUCUAUAUCAUUACAGAAUCAGUUAAAACACGGCAGUAGUCACCAACGUACAAUAACUCACCUGCAAGAGCAAAUUAGGGAACUUACCAAUGAAGUCAAUAUUUUGAAAGAAGCUAAUGAUAAACUAACACACAGUGCGUUUGGUUCUGACAAGGAGCAACAAUGGAGGCAACUUGAGCGCAAACUGCGUGUUCAAAUUGCUCAGUUGGAAGCUGCAAUUAAAUCGGACGUGGCUGACAAAAAUAAUGUGUUGGAGAAAAUGGCAAAUGAACAAGGAUUUGCGAGUCGGCUCCACAAUGAAAGUCGGAAGAUCCACGAAGAAGCAACGAGGUUGAGGAGGGAGAAUGAGGAGUUAAGGGAGAGAGUAAGACUUUAUACUGCUUCUGAUGAUUCAGUGGAUAUCGUUGAGUUGCGAGAAGCUUUGGCAAUUGUUCGACAAAAACGGCACACAGCGGCUCAAAAACAACGACCAGAUUUCCUUGAAAAUGUUGAUGAUGAUAAUAAAGACCCUGAGAUGGAACUUGGUGAACUACAAGCUCAAUAUAAUGAGACCAUCCAUGAAUUGGAUAAAACAAGGGAGAUGCUGUUGAUGCAACAUAAGAUUAACAAGGAUUAUCAGCUUGAGGUUGAAAGUGUGUCUAACCAGAUGGAAUCAAUGAAGCGUGAAUACGAGACCAAACUCGAUCGUUUUGCUCGACUUCUGGAUGCAAGGGCAGCCAGGAUAAAGAAACUUGAAAGUCAAUUACAUGAUGUUGCAUACGGAACCAAACAGUUUAAAUUCCAGCCUGAGAAAGAUGAUAUUGAAGUUGGUGAAGAAUUAGAUGAAACCAUUCAACUCGAACGUGGAGAGAAUUUAUUUGAGAUCAACAUAACCAAAGCAACACUAAGCAAAGAGGCAUUGAUUGUACUUGAUGAUAGAGAUCCUUCUAUGUUCGUUACGUUCGCUUUCUAUGAUUAUGAACUUGUCAGCACACCAAUACUUAAAAGUGCAAGUCCCCAGUUUGAUUUCACUGCACAAUACACUGUAAAAGUUGACGACACUUUCCUACAUCAUCUACAAAAGGAUCGAAUGUUACUUGAGCUUCACCAUGCAAUGGGAGUUGAUCAUAAAACUGUGGCAACUUGUAAAGUAAGGUUCCAUGACCUCUUAGACAAGCCACAAGGGAAACUCCACGGCUCUGUAGCUCUUACAGGAUUGAAUGGGGGAAGUUAUGGAACUUUGGAUUUCUGGAUAAGAUUAAGAGUUCCGAUGGACCAAGCUAUCCGUUUGUACAGGGAGCGAACGAAAGCUCUGGGAUAUUUAUCGGCAAACUCAGCAGUGACGAAGAAGAGCUUGGAAGAUCUUGAUGAAGAGAUGAAGAUCGUGGAUGACAACAUCAAUCAACUCCUCAUACAAAUCAUCUCAUGUAAUCAUGUCCUCUCGAGAAGAGAUGGCAUACAACCGAACAUAUAUUGUGUGUACAAGUUCUUUGACUUUGCCGACCACGACACAUCCAUCAUACCUUGUACUAACAAUCCUCACUUUGAUGAUAGACAAGCUUACCCCGUGCAGAUGAAUAUGGAUAUUGAUGCUUAUCUUAAAUCAGAGAAACUCACAAUAUAUGUGUUUGAUGACACCGACCCCGAAAUCUCAUCUUACCUCGGUAAAGCAGUUGUUGACUUGAUACCACUCGCUCAUGGGAAGGUUAUUAAAGCUCCAUUCCAACUAACCAGGAGCGAUGGGAGCGAGAAUGGAACACUCGAGGUUUCCCUCCGGUGGCAACUUGCAUACAAAUCCCCAUCAGUGAUCGUGAAGUCCGAAACAUCACCAGAAGAUGAAGAGGAGAUCCAGGAAGCUCAGAAACUUGUCGCUAAACCUCCGGUUACUCCUAAGAAGAGAUUGCAAAGUGCGAAACCAUUGCGUGGCAUUCUACCACAAACCACUUCAACACCAAAACCUUUGAAAGCAGCAAACAGAAACAACAGUUCUCUACCACCAGUGGUGAAAAAAGUUUCAAUUGUUGAACCUGAGAAGGAAAAACCUGUUCCAUUGUCCAGAUCCAUGCGAGGUAAAAUAGAAGAAGAAAAGGAGGAAGAAGGAAAAACAUCCGAUGAGGAUCAGAUUGAAGAGAUCAUGGAAGAAGUGGAGGAAAUUGUUGGUGAAGAAGUUGCACCUCCUGCAUCCCCAUCUCAUCUCGUCAAAGAUGAAACUGAUGAAGUUGAAGAUGAAAUCUUGGACGACCCAGAUGACGAUUCCAUGGAUUCAAACAUCCCAACUAAAGAUGACAGCAUCACGUUUGUCAAAGAAGUUGUGGAGGAUGAAAAUGAAGAGGAAGAGCAAAAAGAUGAAGUGGAGGAACAACUUCCAUCUGUUAAGGAAGAUUCUGAAGAUGAGAUUGAUGAAGACAUCAUGUCCAUUCCUGAUGCUACAGAGGAUCCUCCCGCAUCAGAUGAAGGAGUGGAUAUGGAUGAUACUGAGAGCAAUAAAGAGGAUGAAGAGGAGCAAAGUCCUCUUGAUGAAACGGAAGAUGUUGAAGAAAUAACGACGAUUCCUACGACAGAUGGUGCUCAGAACUGUGAUACAAUUCGCAUAUCGGUUAACCAUUUAACAUUGGACAACGACACAAGUAUUUGGGGAGAUACAAGCGUGGAGCAGUUAUUUGUUGAAUACGAGUUUCUUGGUGAAGUUGAAGAAACUCCAAACGCUGUCAAGAAACCAACAACGAAAGAUUCAAAAUUAUUUUACAAAUUUGCGAAAGAAACAAAAGUUGACAAAGCCAGUCAUUCCACCCAGAGAGAAACUCUCACUAACAUGUUACAAUCUGGACAAACCACUUUCAGAUUGACAGUUGUUUCGGAACCUGUGAAUGAUAAUGGAGAGGAAUGCGAAGAGAUAGGUUCUGCAUCCGUUGACCUUGCUUCUAUACUUCAAAAUGGCCGUGACAUCAUCAAUGGUGAUGUCACUGUCCAUGAUUUAAGAAACAAAGAUGAAACUGUUGGGAUGUUGAAUUUAGAUGUGGAGGCCUUGGCUGUGUUGCGUGUUAUUAAAAACGAACUGAAAGAACGAGCAAAAAUGCACGACCACUGAUUGGUUGCAUUGCAUUUGUGCCUCAUCAUGUAUUAUAGAUUUGCGUCCCGAGUAUUUUAGCUUCAUUUAUUCAUAUACUUGAUUGAAAGGUGCUUUAUCAUUUAUGUAAAAACAGUAUUUGUUCGUUUUUUUUAGGUUUUGUAGAAAUAUUUAAGUAUAUUGAAAUAUAUAUUUUGUACUGAAAAAAA